GUGUUGACCCAGGACUUGACGCUGAGACACAUCUCUGUCGCCAGCGGUGGCUUCGAGGCGGUGAUGAAGUCUGCCACGAAACAUGGCUACGAGAUCGUCCGCAGCGAGCCGGGGAUUGCUGGAGCUCUCGACAGGCAGCCAGUUCCCGCUGCUGCAGCAGCUGCAGAAGGUGCAGCAGCGGCUGCUGCAGCUGCGGCAGAGACUGCCGCCAGCAAACUUUCGGCGGUGUUGUCCAGCUUGAAGCGGGUGACGGCAGGCCCGCGGCCCGCAAGUGAGCAGAGCCUUGCCAAGAGCGACGCAUCAGGAAAUCGGCCCAUCUCCUCUGGCAGCCCCGCGGCUCCGGCGGUGAUCGAUCGGCCGGGCAACUGGCCCCAAGCAAUCGACCUGGGCCAGCUGCCCCGGCGGACAGACGAGGAGCUGUCGGCCCUCCGAUGGCGCUGGUCCUGCGUGGCCCUCGCCAUCAGGCCCCCGGAAGAGGUAGAGACAACUCAUCGUGAAGGACAGUGUGGUUGUAAUGCCAUCCUGUUCAUUCAAAACGCAAUGGUUGCUUGUGCACUCCCGAUCAGCAACGAUGCGGCCGUGCUCACCGAGUUCAGUGUUCAUCGGGUCACGAAGGUGACCUCGAAGAAGUCCAGCCCGCAGACGGUAACCCUCUUCCAGGAGGAGCGCAGUGGAGAACAAGUCCAGACAACGCUGCUUGCGGCGCUGUAUUUCUCGAAGGGCACGAAGGAGGUUGAGCAAUUCGUAUCCGUCCUGCAGUCGCAGCGGCAGAACGCACCCAGGCCGCGAACGGUGGCAACGGUGACAAAGGAUGAAAAGAUGCAUUCGCCCCUUUCUCCGCCACCAGUUGCGCUCGAGGCGGCAGCCGUGGCCGUGGCAGCGGCAGCAGGUGAAGGUGCCACUGGCGAGCAGGGGGGCAGUUGCCAAAGCGAGGAGCUGGCGCAUGCAGAGCAGCCAACCUCGGGCGUGCACAACCUGACAGUCCGGCUGAUUUGGGAUGCCCGGCAUCCUCGGGGGUUCACGGGGUGA